AUGUACGUCUUUUUUUCUAUCUUCUUCUUUGAAUCAAAUCCGCCAAAGUCUUCUUUUUUUUUUCUUUCUUUCUUUCUUUCUUUCUUUCUUUCUUUCUUUCUUUCUUUCUUUCCAAGCGAUCCUAGCAAUUUAUCUCUAAAUCAGACGAUCCAUCUAUUUAACUUUUUCCUCUCUCAAGCCCUCGUUUUUCUUCCCGGCUUCCAUGAAUCUUCCUUCUUUAUCGACAUUGUUUUUCACCCAACUUCAUCCUGCCUACUUCUCCCCAGUUUAUUCUAUCAAUUUAUCGAUCAAUCAUUUCAAAGUUUCGAUCUCUCAAUCUUUCUAUCGUUCCUGUCCAAUGAAUGUAUCCGUUUAUGUUACCCCAUGCGGCUUUGCCAUCCAGCUCUUUCGUUCGUUCAUUCCCUUCUUCGUUCUUUUUCUUUCUUUUGUUCCUUCCUUUGUUCCUUCCUUCCUUCCUUCCUUUGUUCCUUCCUUCCUUCCUUCCUUUGUUCCUCGUCCUUCCUUCCUUCCUUCCUUCCUUCCUUCCUUCCUUCCUUCCUUCCUUCCUUCCUUCCUUCCUUCCUUUGUUCCUUCGUCCAUUCUCUGCUUUCUUUCUUUCUCCCUUAUAUUCAUUCCUUCCGUCGUUCGUUCCUUUUCUUCUUCAUUUGUUCAUGGUCCUUCCUUCCUUCCUUCCUUCCUUCCUUCCUUCCUUCCUUCCUUCCAUCCUUCCUUCCUCGCCUUUCUUUCUUUCUUUCUUUCUUUCUUUCUUUCUUUCUUUCUUUCUCGAUCUUACUUCUUUCGUUUAUUUUUUGUCUUUUCCUUCCUUCAUUUUUUCAUCGUCCCCCGUUCGUUCGUUCCCCGUUCGUUCGUUCCUUCGAUCCUUCCUCUUCCUUCCUUCCUUCCUUCCUUCCUUCCUUCCUUCCUUCCUUCGUUCUUUCUUUCCUUCCUUACUUCCUUCCUUCCUCGUCCUUCCUUCCUUCCGACCUCGUCAUUCCUUCCGUCUUCGUCUUUCCUUCCUUCCUCGACCGACCUUCCUUCCUUCCUUCCUUCCUUCCUUCCUUCCUUCCUUCCUUCCUUUCUUCUGUUGCAAUCAAUCAAAUUCAAGAGCGUGUUAAUUUUUUUUUCACUCAAUCAGCUUAG